AUGUCUAAAUCAUCUGAUAACGUCUCCGUGGCCCGUCCAUCAGUAUCUGGCGGUCGAGUCUUACAGGCAAAAUUCAUCAGACCUGCUCAGAUGUCCCUGUUUGCUAGAGUUACAUGCUAUCCGCCUCUGGGGGAAGUAACAUGUCUCAAACGAUCAUAUGAAUCUGGACUAGUAACCAAAGACAAGAUCAAGUUUACUGUGAUGCUCUCAUCGAGUACUUCAUUUCCGGAACGAGAUUGGGAAGUCGAGAUUUGGCAUAAUAUUCUACAGAAUGAGCAGUGGACGUCCCUCCCAUUAGCGAGAUCGAAAUCGUCAUUCAAACCUACGGUUAUUGGAAACACAGAUAUUUUGGAGAAUUAUCAUCAUUAUAUAUACUCGUCAGAACUGGAACUUCCUCCCUCGGCUGGAAGAGGCAAUUUCACAGUCCGAUAUAGGACAGGACCCGAUACGGAGUGGCAAUGGGCGAACCAACGGAGAUAUGUCAAGGAUGGAGAGGUAAUUUUUGGAGAGAAAGAUCGUGUAAUACGGUCUAGUAUAGAUACCACAUCACAAUCCGACGCUGGAGACUCGCCGAGGGAUGAAAUUGGAGAAUAUAUUCAAGGACUAUCAAUGCAACUGGAAAUUCAGACAAAGAAGAGCGAAGCACCCAACGCACUUUUAUGGAGCGUUACUGGAACCGCACCGCCAGCAACAGGUGAGAAAUCUGGAAGGAUUCAAGUAUCACUCGGUAUACCAAAAUCAUAUCUGCGUUACUUCUCAUUGGUGCGGGUUUGGAGUCCUUGGCUAGCUCCACGACAUGGUGAAAAGAAGUUCAGAUUGACAGAAGACGCUAUUCUCUGUUCAUUUCUAAGGGCCGAUGGCCUGAACUUGGUGCUUCUCGCUGUAUCAGGUGUCAACGACAUCCUCACUGUUUUUGGGUCGGGAGACGAUGGUGACACUGUGGCCAAAGUCAGAAACGAAAAUACAGAAGAAGCUCGAUUUCAAAUCCUCGUCUCUGUUGCGGAAAGCUUCGAAGUGGGCAUAUGUGCUUUGAUAUAUGAAGCCCGAAAAGUCGUUCGUGAUUCAAGUACUGCAAUUGAAUUACCUCUCGUAUCUGAUCUGCCGCCCGAACCCGACUCUCCCACUAGCGAUGACAUGGUCAUCGUAGGAGACGAUGCUCGUACGCAGUGGCUUGCUGAUUGGUACGAGGGUCUCUCGUACUGCACCUGGAAUGCACUAGGCCAGAAUCUGACCGAAAAGAAGAUACUCGAGGCUCUUGAUGCAUUGAAGGUCCAUGGAAUAAAGGUUGUGAACUUGAUCAUUGAUGACAACUGGCAGUCCCUUGAUAAUGAAGGCAAAGAGCAAUGGUACCGUGGCUGGAAGAACUUUGAAGCCAAUGAAGGAGGUUUCCCUUCCGGUCUACGGCAUACAACUAGCGUCAUACGACAGCGACAUCCGAAUAUUUCACAUAUCGCAGUCUGGCAUGCUCUGAUGGGUUACUGGGGCGGUAUAUCACCUACUGGGGCUCUGGCUCAGAAGUAUAAGACCAAAGAGGUUAUGAGAAAGGACUCCGUUGCGAGCGGGAAAAUGCUGGCAAUUGAUCCUGAUGACAUUAAUCAAUUCUACGACGACUUUUACUCGUUUUUAACGUCAUCUGGCAUUGAUGCCGUAAAGACGGAUGCUCAAUUUUUCCUCGAUUUACUAGACAGUGCAGAAGACCGAAAGCGAUUCAUCUCAUCGUAUCAAGAUGCCUGGACGAUUUCUUCACUCAGAUACUUCGGCACUCGCGCCAUUUCAUGCAUGUCAAUGACACCGCAGCAGAUAUUCCACUCUCAGAUACCGACCAACAAACCUAGUAUACUUCUUCGUAACUCCGACGACUUUUUCCCGGAUAUAGCGGAUUCUCAUCCUUGGCAUAUAUUCUGCAAUGCACACAAUGCCCUCUUGACAGCUCAUCUUAAUGUGAUUCCUGACUGGGACAUGUUCCAAACUAGUCAUCCAUAUGCCUCGUUUCAUGCUGCCGCCAGGGCUGUAUCAGGCGGACCGAUUUAUAUUACCGAUAAACCAGGCGACCAUGAUAUUGGAUUGAUCAAUCAGAUCACAGCGCCUACGACUCGAGACACCACGAUAAUCCUUCGGCCGAGUGUCGUAGGUCGCACAUUGGAUGUCUAUCACAAUUACAAUGAAGGAAAUAUACUCCGUAUCGGAACAUACAGUGGUUGGGCUCGCACGGGGAGCGGUAUCCUUGGGCUUUUCAAUAUUAGCCCAGGAGAUGUUUCGACUAUUGUUCCACUUGCAAUAUUCCCGGGUAUUGAUGCCACUACAGCAAAUACACCCUCUUCAUUCCCUAUUCAUGAUCAUAGUGACGGCUAUGCUAGCUAUAUUAUUCGCUCGCAUUCAACCGGCAUUAUCAGUGAUAUCAUGACUCCGACUGGCGCACAUUCUUUGGUCUCUGUGACCCUCGCGUCCAAGGGUUGGGAUAUCUUGACCGCAUAUCCUCUCCGCACAUUCACUCUUGAAGGCAGUCGUGGCUGCUCCUCGAUGUCGUCUUCCACGACUUCCUUGCUAACACAUGUUGCUGUCUUGGGCCUCCUCGGCAAGAUGACAGGCGUCGCUGCGAUUGUCACCUCUGAUAUCACUGUUGUCGAGAGCGGUCGACUCAAAUUCGAUGUUAACCUCAAAGCUUUAGGGGUACUAGGCAUAUAUCACUCCACGCUGGAAAGUAGGGAUAUUGACAAACACGUCAUGGUCAUGAUCUCAGGACUGGCCGUGCCAAGAGAGACCGUGUGGAAAGAUCACGAUAAUGUCCUCGCGGUAGAUGUGCUACGGGCAUGGAAAGCGCUGAAACUGGAUGCUGGUUGGAGUAAUGAGGUGCGAGUGCAGGUAUUCAUUAGCUAGGUCAGGAACAAUCGUAACAAUACGAAUCAUUUCAAUACUGGUACCUGGGUAUGUAAUAUAUCCAGUAUUGUCAUUUACGAGCCAUGGAAGAUGGCGUAAUGUGGCUUAUGAUCUACGUGCCCCACCAACAACAACGAACGAAUCACAAUACAUUACUUUCUGGCAUCUCCGUAUGGAGACCGUAUGGACUUUACAUAUGAACCUUGUAUCGAUAUAUAUGGAUGUUGUUUCAUAGUUUCAUCGAUAGCUUUCAAUCAAAACUUCAUUACCUGUUGU